AUGGAGAAAACAAGUUUUAAGAAUAAUGAGAAGAGUUAUUCUAAGCGUCAUUCUUCCCUGAAAAAGAAAGUGACAAAUGAUAAAAAUGAUAACAGCUUGUUAACCAUAUACUCUUUUAUAAGUAACUAUAUGUUGAAGGAAGAAGUGAAUUAUGAUGAAAAUGACAAUAGAUAUAUAUUAUUAGAAAGUCAAGAUUUUGAAAAUGAGAGUGGACUGAAGAAAGUAAGUUUUGGUGAGUUUAAUGAAAAAUCAUAUUCUUUAUCUCAUAAGAGAAAAAAACAAAAUGAAGAAGAUAUUGAUAAGGAAGAAGAAGUCUAUGAAAAUGUAGAUCAAGCAGAUUAUGAAGAAGAAGAUUAUGAAGAAGAAGAUUAUGAAGAAGAGGAUUAUGAAGAAGAUGAUUAUGAAGAAGAUGAUUAUGAAGAAGAAGAUUAUGAAGAAGAUGAUUAUCAAGAUGAUGAUUAUCAAUAUGAUGAUUAUCAAUUAAAUGAUGAUGAAGAUGCAGAAAAACCAUAUAAUUAUGAUCCUAAUCAAAUAGACAGCAAGAAUGUCAACAAUGACCAUAGUAUAAAUUCUACUAAUAUUAAACAAAAUAAUAGUAUUAUUAGAAGGGUAGGGAAAAAAAAAAAAAAUAAAAUAUAUAAUAAUGAUAAUUUUCCUAACGAAGAAGAUAUUCAAAUAGAUCAUAAUAUGAAUGAAGAGAACCACAGUCGACAAUUGUGGAAGAAAAAAAGAAAGAAAAAAAGAAAAAGAGAGAAAAAAAAUAUGUAUACAAAUAUGAAAAAUAAAGAGAUAGAUAAUAAUAAAAAGGGAAUAUAUAAAGGUAAUAAUUUAGCAAAAUAUUUUACAUUAUCAAUGGAAAAUAUAAAUGAACAAGAAAAUAUAUUUAAAGAUGAAAAACAAUUAUCACGACAGAUGUCUUAUUAUAAUGAUGCAUAUUAUUAUACUUCAGAAAUGAUAUAUAAAAAUAAUAGAAGAAAUAAAGAAAAGUUUGCAUUAUAUUUAAGAUUAAUGUCUUUAUUUAUUAAUAUUAUUAUAGGCAUUUAUUUGAUUAUAUAUUUCCCACAUACAAAUAAUGAUAAGGACACAUUUGAUGGAACCUUUAAAAAUAUGGAUAUAAAAGAUCGAGAAGAUAUAAAACAUAUAAUAUCAAAAAAUUUAGAAAUUAAUAAGGAUUACCAUAACUAUAUGAAAAAGGUAAAUUUGAAUGUCAGUAUAUUGAAUAAGCAAAAAGAGUUGUUUGAAAAUAAAAGUAUAAUAAAUGGUAAAGCCAAUACUAAUACUAAUACUAAUACUAAUAGUAGUAAUAAUAAUAGGAUGCAUGUAAAUGCAUUUGAUAGAAACAGUAAUAAUAAUGACAGUGUUAUCAAUACAAAUAACACAAAUAAUAAUAAUAAUAAUAGUAAUAAUUUUGUGAGAUUUUUAAGGAAUAUUUUUUCAUCUAAUAAUUAUGAACAAGAAGAUAAUUUAAAGUCAUUACCAAAUUCUAUUAAUAAAGAAAAAACAAAUAAUAAUACUAGUAUUACAAACACAGGAUAUUAUAACCUAUACAAAAAUAAUAAUAAUAAUAAUAAUAUAAUUGAUGUUGAGAAAAAUAUAUAUGAUGAAAAUGAUAAAAAUAAUAAUUUGAAAAAAAAAAACUUGAAAAAUGUAAAAAGUAAUAAUUAUAAUAGUGGUGUAUAUUAUGUAAAUGAUAAAGAUAUGUUAAAAGAUAUAAAAACUAAAGAAGAUAUUAAUAAUUUAAUAUAUAUGAUUGAUAUACUUAAUUUAAUGGAUGAUGAACAUAUAAUGAUUUAUAUAUAUAAUGAAAUGAAUAAAAUAUAUAAAUAUGCUAUAUAUUCAUUUUUUGGAGAAUUAUUAGUUAUCUCAAUAAUUGUAUUUUCAUUAUUUAUUUUAAAAAUAUUGAUUAAUGAUAAUAAUAAGUUUAGUGUCAUUUUAACAAUGUAUGGUAUAUUUUAUAAAAUAUUUUGUUAUAUAUUUGCUCAUUAUGUAUUAUUUAUGGGAUUAUAUAUUUUAUCAAUAUAUUAUAAUAUAUAUAUACAUAGAGAUAUAUAUACUCAUAGUUAUAAUUUCUUCUGUUAUCAUUAUGUUUAUAAUAAUUUAUAUAUACAUUUACUUAUGCUAUUCUAUGCAUUGCAAAAUAUCGUCUUCACAAUAAAUGAUGCUUUUAAUUGUAUCAGAAUGGUAUUCAUCUUAAUCAAACAUGUAAUUAUUAAAAUUUAUGAAAAAAUUACAUGUAAAAAUUUUAUAACCUUUUAUGAAUUAAAAGAAGAUAAAUCACCACUCUCAUUAACGUGUUUUAAUAAACUCAAAAAUAAAUGUAAUAUGAAUUGUAAAUGUUGUAAGGAUAAAAAUUGCGUGGAAAUAGACAUAGAUGAAAUGCAUGACUUAGAAUAUGAAAAAAAUAAAUUACCCUUAUUCCCAAAUUUUAAUAGAAAACCUUAUUGUAAAAAUCUAAAUAUCAAAACGUAUGAACAGUCACUGUUGAAUAUGAGGAAUCCAAUAUUUAAAUGA